AGCGCGGCGCUGGGAAAGAUGGCGGCGGCAGCGGCGGCGGCGGCGGGCAACGCGGUGUCUUGUGGGGCCCGGCCCGGCGGGCAGCCCAAGCCCGGGCCGCAGCCGCGUACGCUCCUUGCCGCCGGGCCAGCGCUGAUAGCGAGCGGCGACGAGCUGGUGGCCGCCGUGUGGCCGUAUCGGCGGCUGGCGGUGCUGCGGCGCCUCACGGUGCUGCCGUUCGCGGGGUUGCUCUACCCGGCCUGGCUGGGCGCCGCGGCCGCCGGCUGCUGGGGCUGGGGCAACAGCUGGGCGCAGGUCCCUGAGGCUGCGCUGCUCGUGCUUGCCUCCAUCUGCCUCGCGCACGCGCUCACUGUCCUCUCGGGGCAUUGGUCCGUGCACGCGCACUGCGCGCUCACCUGCACUCCGGAGUAUGACCCCAGCAAAGUGACCUUCGUGAAGGUGGUGCCAACCCCCAACAAUGGCUCCACUGAGCUUGUGGCCCUGCAUCGCAAUGAGGGCGAAGAUGGGCAGGAGGUGCUGUCCUUUGAAUUCCAGAAAAUAAAGUAUUCCUACGACGCUCUAGAAAAGAAGCGGUUCCUCCCAGUGGCCUUUCCCGUGGGAAAUGCUUUCUCAUACUACCAGAGCAACAGAGGGUUCCAGGAGGACUCGGAGAUCCGCGCAGCCGAGAAGAAGUUUGGGAGCAACAAGGCUGAGAUGGUGGUGCCCGACUUCUCGGAGCUGUUCAAGGAGAGAGCCACAGCACCAUUCUUUGUGUUCCAGGUGUUCUGCGUGGGGCUCUGGUGUCUGGACGAAUACUGGUACUACAGCGUCUUCACACUCUCCAUGCUGGUGGCUUUUGAGGCCUCUCUGGUGCAGCAGCAGAUGCGUAACAUGUCAGAGAUCCGGAAGAUGGGCAAUAAGCCUCACAUGAUCCAGGUUUACCGAAGCCGCAAGUGGAGGCCCGUCGCCAGCGACGAGAUUGUUCCCGGGGACAUCGUCUCCAUCGGCCGCUCCCCACAGGAGAACCUGGUACCGUGUGAUGUGCUCCUGCUGCGGGGCCGCUGCAUUGUGGACGAGGCCAUGCUCACGGGGGAGUCAGUGCCACAGAUGAAGGAGCCCAUUGAAGAUCUCAGCCCCAACCGAGUGCUGGACCUCCAGGCCGACUCCCGGCUCCACGUGAUCUUCGGGGGCACCAAGGUGGUGCAGCACAUUCCCCCACAGAAGGCCACCACAGGCCUGAAGCCGGUUGACAACGGGUGCGUGGCCUACGUCCUGAGGACUGGAUUCAACACAUCCCAGGGCAAGCUGCUGCGCACCAUCCUAUUUGGGGUCAAGAGGGUUACUGCGAACAACCUAGAAACCUUCAUCUUCAUCCUCUUUCUCCUGGUCUUUGCCAUUGCAGCAGCCGCCUAUGUGUGGAUUGAAGGUACUAAGGACCCCAGCCGGAACCGCUACAAGCUGUUUCUGGAAUGCACGCUGAUUCUCACCUCAGUUGUGCCCCCUGAGCUGCCCAUCGAGCUGUCUCUGGCCGUCAACACCUCCCUCAUCGCCCUGGCUAAGCUCUACAUGUACUGCACAGAGCCCUUCCGGAUCCCCUUUGCCGGCAAGGUGGAAGUGUGUUGCUUCGAUAAGACGGGGACCUUGACCAGUGACAGCCUGGUGGUGCGAGGCGUGGCUGGGCUCAGAGAUGGGAAGGAGGUGACCCCUGUGUCCAACAUCCCUGUAGAAACACACCGAGCCCUGGCCUCAUGCCACUCCCUUAUGCAGCUGGACGAUGGCACCCUUGUGGGUGACCCCCUGGAGAAGGCUAUGCUGACAGCCGUAGACUGGACACUGACCAAAGAUGAGAAAGUAUUCCCCCGAAGUAUUAAAACUCAGGGGCUGAAAAUUCACCAGCGCUUUCAUUUUGCCAGUGCCCUAAAGCGAAUGUCCGUGCUCGCCUCCUACGAGAAGCUUGGUUCCACCGACCUCUGCUACAUCGCGACUGUGAAGGGGGCCCCUGAAACCCUGCACUCCAUGUUCUCCCAGUGCCCACCCGACUACCAUCACAUCCACACGGAGAUUUCCCGGGAAGGAGCCCGCGUCCUGGCGCUGGGGUACAAGGAGCUGGGGCACCUCACUCACCAGCAGGCCCGGGAGGUGAAGCGGGAGACCCUGGAGUGCAACCUCAAGUUCGUCGGCUUCAUCGUGGUUUCCUGCCCACUGAAGGCCGACUCCAAGGCUGUGAUCCGUGAGAUCCAGAACGCAUCCCACCGGGUGGUCAUGAUCACAGGUGACAACCCGCUGACUGCCUGCCAUGUGGCCCAGGAGCUGCACUUCAUUGAAAAGGCACACACGCUGAUCCUGCAGCCUCCCAUGGAAAAAGGUCGAUCCUGUGAGUGGCACUCCAUCGACGGCAGCGUUGUGCUACCCCUGGCCCAGGGCUCCCCAAAGUCACUGGCCCUGGAGCACGCACUGUGCCUCACUGGCGAUGGCCUGGCACACCUGCAGGCUGAGGACCCCCAGCAGCUGCUUCGCCUCAUCCCCCACGUGCAGGUGUUUGCCCGCGUGGCCCCCAAACAGAAGGAGUUUGUCAUCACCAGUCUGAAGGAGCUGGGCUACGUGACCCUCAUGUGUGGGGAUGGCACCAACGACGUGGGUGCUCUGAAGCAUGCUGACGUGGGUGUGGCACUCCUGGCCAAUGCCCCUGAGCGGGUUGUCGAGCGGCGGCGACGGCCCCGGGACAGCCCCAUCUUGAGCAACAGCAGCAGUAGGGUCACCUCCAGGGUGGCCAGGCACAGGUCGGGGCUCCCAACCCCUGAGGAGCAGCCAACCUCCCAGCGGGACCGCCUGAGCCAGGUGCUGCGGGACCUCGAGGACGAGAGCACGCCCAUCGUGAAGCUGGGGGAUGCCAGCAUCGCGGCACCCUUUACCUCCAAGCUUUCAUCCAUCCAAUGCAUCUGCCACGUGAUCAAGCAGGGCCGCUGCACGCUGGUGACCACACUGCAGAUGUUCAAGAUUCUGGCACUCAACGCCCUCAUCCUGGCAUACAGUCAGAGUGUACUCUACCUGGAAGGCGUCAAGUUCAGCGACUUCCAGGCCACACUGCAGGGGCUGCUGCUGGCCGGCUGCUUCCUCUUCAUUUCCCGCUCCAAGCCCCUCAAGACCCUCUCCCGGGAGCGGCCUCUGCCCAACAUCUUCAACCUGUACACCAUCCUCACGGUUGUGCUUCAGUUUUGCGUGCACUUCCUGAGUCUCAUCUACCUGUACAGUGAGGCCCAGGCCCGGAGCCCUGAGAAGCAGGAGCAAUUUGUGGACCUGUACAAGGAGUUUGAGCCAAGCCUGGUCAACAGCACCGUGUACAUCAUGGCCAUGGCCAUGCAGAUGGCCACCUUUGCCAUCAACUACAAGGGCCCACCCUUCAUGGAGAGCCUGCCUGAGAACAGGCCCCUAGUAUGGAGCCUGGCCUUGUCACUCCUGGCCAUUAUCGGCCUGCUUCUUGGCUCCUCACCCGACUUCAACAGCCAGUUUGGCCUCGUGGACAUCCCCGUGGAGUUCAAGCUGGUCAUCACCCAGGUCCUGCUCCUGGACUUCUGCCUGGCUUUCCUGGCCGACCGCAUCCUGCAGUUCUUCCUGGGGACCCCAAAGCUGAAAGUGCCUUCGUGAGACGAUGGUGCCACAUUCACUGCCCAUCCUGCUGCCACCAGGCAGGCCCUGUGAGGGCCCCAGGAGGGAACACUGCCCCCAUGGCAAGGCUGACCCAGCCUUGCCUACCAAGACUGAGCUGGGACCCCGUACAACCACCUGUGUAGGUCUGGCUGGCAGAACCAGCCUUAGGCCGGCACCUUUGGUAAAUAAAGCAGCAUCCAAUGAUUUUAAGAA